GGACCACAGAUAACUCCUGCCCCGCGCGGCGGGGGUCAGUCUGGUGUCCUCACCCAGUGGAGACGAGGGAGGGCAAGCACAGUGGGCUGAGGCUCCAGCUCUCCGGGCCCUGGAGGAGGGGGCGGCGGGCGGUGGGCGGGAGAGGGCUCAGGAGGGGUGAGGAAGUGUCCGCAGUCGGGCUUGGCCGGCCGGAGAGGGUGGAGGGACAGCGGCCGGCCAGGGGCGUCCUUGGGCUCCUCCUGCGGGCUGGGAAGGGCUCCGAGCUCCUGCGGCCCCUGCCGCCCGAGACUCCGGUGCCAUGGCGCUGGCCACCCUGGCAGCCGAGCCCACGUCCUCCCCGGUGCCCGGCGCGGAGGACGGGGGCGAUUUUGACAACUACUACGGAGCCGACAACCAGUCGGAGUGCGAGUACACGGAGUGGCAGUCGUCGAGCGAGCUCAUCCCUGCCAUCUACCUGCUGGUCUUCUUCCUGGGCACGGCGGGCAACGGCCUGGUGCUGUGGACCGUGUUCCGGAGCGGCCGGGAGAAGCGGCGCUCGGCCGACGUCUUCAUCGCCAGCCUGGCGGUGGCCGACCUCACCUUCGUGGUGACGCUGCCGCUGUGGGCCACCUACACGUACCGGGACUACGACUGGCCCUUCGGGAGCUUCUCCUGCCGGCUCAGCAGCUACCUGGUCUUCGUCAACAUGUACGCCAGCGUCUUCUGCCUCACCGGCCUCAGCUUCGACCGCUACCUGGCCAUCGUGAGGCCGGUGGCCAGCGCCCGGCUGCGGCUGCGGGUCAGCGGGGCCGUGGCCACGGCGGGGCUGUGGGUGCUGGCCGCGCUGCUGGCCGUGCCGGUCAUGGUGCUCCGCACCACGGGGAACCCUGACAACGGCACCAGCGUGCAGUGCUACAUGAACUACUCCAUAGUGGCCGCGUCGGCGGACGCGGAGUGGGCCUGGGAGGUGGGGCUGGGCGUCUCGUCCACGGCCGUGGGCUUCGUGGCGCCCUUCUCGGUCAUGCUCACGUGCUACUUCUUCAUCGCCCGCACCAUCGCCGGCCACUUCCGCAAGGAGCGCGCGGAGGGCCUGCGCAAGCGCCGCCGCCUGCUCAGCAUCAUCGUGGUGCUGGUGGUGACCUUCGCGCUCUGCUGGCUGCCCUACCACCUGGUCAAGACGCUCUACAUGCUGGGCAGCCUGCUGCACUGGCCCUGCGACUUCGACCUCUUCCUGGUGAACAUCUUCCCCUACUGCACCUGCAUCAGCUACGUCAACAGCUGCCUCAACCCCUUCCUCUACGCCUUCUUCGACCCGCGCUUCCGCCAGGCCUGCGCCUCGGUGCUCUGCUGGGGCCGGCGCGGGUGCGGGGUCCCGGCCCACAGCAGCGGCAGCGGGGACAAGUCUGCCAGCUACUCCUCGGGCCACAGCCAGGGCCCGGGGGCCAGUGCGGGCAAGGGCGGGGAGCAGAUGCAGGAGAAAUCUCUCCCCUACAGCCAGGAGACCCUCGUGGUUGACUAGGGCUGCCCGGGGCCGGCCCUCACCCCUGGGACACAGGCAGCCCGGCUGUGCCGUUCCUGCUGGCCCGUGGCCCCUCCUCCGGGUGCAAAAUCUCCCCCACUCCUCUCUGCCUCCCGAGCCUCAGUUUCCCCGUUUGCAUGAAAUCGGGGAGGUCAGGGAGCCCCUCCGGGGGAUGUGUGCGUCCUGGCUCCGCAGGGUCUGUCUGUCUCCCCUUUCUUAGAGCCCCGGCCUCCUUUCCCUCUUCGCUGUUUGUUCCCGGCAGUCCUCACUUGCAGGGCGACCUCUUUUCUCCUGACACCAGCCCCUCCCGGGUCCUUCCUUCCCCAGGGUGACUCUGGGCGCGGGACGGCUGGCGGGGCGGGCGGGGCGGGGCGGCCGCUGCGUGUGAGCAGAGAUUUAGCCCCACAGCCCCAUGGCAGAGCUCCUGGGCCGGCGCAGCUCGGGCACCGGGCCGCUGACCCCACAGCAGAGAUAAGCUUGGGGCUGGGUUUCUAAGAGCCCCUCUCGCCUCUGCGUCCGAGAGCCGCAAGCCCAGGCACUGAGGAAGCUGCGGACAGGACGUCCCGGUUCCCUUGCAUGGGGGAACUUGGGCCGGGAAGAGUGAGACAGGUGGGGGGCCUCUUCCUCCGCCAGCCCUCCCCCCGCCCUCCCCCCGCCCUCGCCCACAUCUCCUGGGCAGGGGGCCUGGGUGCCGGAGCCCUUGUGGGGCGGGGCCGUGGGAGUGUGUGCGAAGGCCAGAAGGAAGGAGACCGGCCAGGCAGGAAUGCGCUCGGAUGAGCCCCUUCCACGGCGGGUAGACAAGGGGUCUAGGGGUAGAGGGGUACAGUGAGCGCACCCCACUGGGUGGUGGCCCGAGGGCUGGUCCGUGGUCUGUAGGAAGUCCCCCCAGUUGGGCCCCUGCUCCUCCUCAGCUUCCGUGUUGGGAGGGGGAGGCCGCAAGAGCCCCCUGCAGCGCCGAGUUGGCAAGUGCUCCCCUCCCCCACUCCUGCCCCUGGGGUCACUGUCACCGGCUUGCGGUGGGCUGGGAGGUGCGGGCUGGGCUCCCUGCUGCCUCCGGGACGGCAGUGACGGGGCUGAGGCGUGAUGUCCCCAUCGCCACAGCUCAGGACAGCGCUGCUGGGAGCCCCCAUGACUGGAGCAAGGUGCCCGUCCUGUCCUGGGGCCGCCCCUGGAAAUGAGGACAAGGCAAGGGCAGCAGGGACAGGGAGCCCCCAGCUGGAUGUUACAGGACACUUUGGCCGCCUGGGAUGGAGCCCUUUCCGGAGCAGAGGCAGGAGGGUCUCCUCAGCUUGGUCUCCUGCCUUGGGGCCGGGACCUUCCCCAAUGCUCACUGCGGCCCGGCUGACCGCAGGCACCAGGUGGCUGCAGAUGGCAGAAGAGUGGCUUUCUGUCCCUCACCGCUUCCUCAGGACGCCCCUGCUGUUUCCCAGUCCUGUUAGUCACUGCGGCUCAUCUAAUAAAAGUGUGCUGUGUAA